AAGCCCGCUACCAGUCAGUCUGGUGUGGAGCCACGAUGGAUACAAUACCAUGCUUUUCACUUCUGCUGCUUUUGGCCACCAUUAUACCACGAAACACCGGCCUCCAGUGUUACUGUGAGCGAUGCAGCGCCAACUCUAGCUGCACUACAGAUGGUAUCUGUUUCGCCAAUAUUCGCAAGACUGGCACACGCUUGACGACGGAGCUGCGCCAGUGUGUUCACAAUAAAGAACUGUUACCGCGGGAUCGCCCCUUCAUAUGUGCGGCCUCCUUCAAGCACGAUACAGGCUUUUAUCCCGUUUGCUGUAACACAGAUUACUGCAACAAGGACCCUGACCUCAAAGAUUUACAAGUCUCAACUGUGAAGACUCCACCUUUGGGACCUGUGGCUCUUGCUGCAGUGAUUGCCGGGCCAGUUUGUGUCCUCUGCUUGCUGCUGGUUUUGGCUUUUUAUGUCUGCCAUAGCCACAGGGCCCUAGGGGCUGGCGGGGCUGGAGCCCACCAUCACCACCACCACCGGGUACCUAAUGAAGAAGAUCCCUCAAUGGACCAUCCCUUCAUCACGGUUGGAACGACACUGAAGGACCUUAUCUAUGACAUGACCACCUCUGGUUCUGGAUCAGGCCUGCCACUUCUUGUCCAGAGAACCAUCGCUCGAACCAUCAUCUUACAGGAGAGCAUAGGCAAAGGGCGUUUCGGCGAGGUGUGGCGAGGUAAAUGGCGUGGUGAAGAAGUGGCUGUGAAGAUUUUCUCCUCCCGGGAGGAGCGGUCUUGGUUCCGAGAGGCUGAGAUCUACCAGACCGUGAUGCUGAGACAUGAGAAUAUUUUGGGCUUCAUCGCCGCAGACAACAAAGAUAAUGGCACAUGGACUCAGCUGUGGCUGGUGUCAGACUACCAUGAGCACGGCUCCUUGUUUGACUACCUGAACCGCUACACUGUCACCGUUGAAGGCAUGAUUAAACUAUCUCUGUCUACAGCCAGUGGCUUGGCACACCUCCACAUGGAGAUUGUGGGCACACAAGGUAAACCAGCAAUUGCCCACAGAGAUCUGAAGUCAAAGAACAUUCUGGUAAAGAAGAAUGGGACCUGCUGCAUUGCAGACUUGGGUCUAGCUGUCCGGCACGACUCAGCUACUGACACCAUUGACAUUGCUCCAAAUCACAGAGUGGGAACAAAAAGGUACAUGGCCCCAGAAGUACUGGACGACUCCAUAAACAUGAAACACUUUGAAUCUUUCAAGCGGGCGGAUAUUUAUGCCAUGGGAUUGGUCUUCUGGGAGAUUGCCAGUCGUUGCUCCAUGGGAGGGAUUCAUGAGGACUACCAGCUGCCAUACUAUGACCUGGUUCAGUCUGAUCCAUCAGUGGAAGAAAUGAGGAAGGUGGUUUGUGAGCAGAAGCUUCGCCCUAACAUUCCCAACCGUUGGCAGAGCUGUGAGGCGUUACGUGUCAUGGCUAAGAUCAUGAGGGAGUGCUGGUACGCUAACGGCGCUGCCCGGCUCACCGCCCUGCGGAUCAAGAAGACUUUGUCACAGCUCAGCCAACAGGAGGGCAUCAAAAUGUAGACAAACUACCAAACAUGCACACAAACACAUUUCAGACUGGCAUCCAUGUCAUUAGCAUUACAUUGACAUUAUUAUUAUUAUUAUUAUUAUUAUGCAUUAAUUGUUCCUCCCCUCCACAUUGCAAGGGAGGUUGAGACAUUCUUUUUUUUUUUUUAUCGACUUAUGACUCACUUAUUGGUGAGUUUUGCAUUUAAAGCAGAAGACUUGUGUUGCACACCUGAAUCCGACGAUGGAUUUGCGGGUAACAGAAGAAGGGCGUGCUCACACUCGGCCAGUCAUGCCAAGCUCCAUUUAGGUACCAUCCCCUCUCUUUCUCCUGGUCUGGCCAGUGCUCACACUGAGCUUUGGCGAGUCAGCCCUUUUGCUUCUACGCCGCUUCGUUGUCUCGGUGGAAUAUUUUCAUUCUCAUUCUGAGUCCUUCGGGUGAAUUACCGUAUUUUUCGGAUUAUAGGUCGCAGUUUUUUUCAUAUUUUGGCCGGGGGUGCGACGUAUCCUCCGGAGCGACUUAUGUGUGAAAUUAUUACCACAUUACCGUAAAGUAUUAAAUAAUAUUAUUUAUCUCAUUCGCGAAAGAGACGAAGAAAAUGUCAGCAAUCGUCUCACACACGUCAACCAAUAAGAAUUCGGGGGAGGGGUCAUGGCAGAAGUGCAUUGUGGGUCAUGGCCUGCUAACUGCUAUAUGCUAUAUGCUACUGCCAUAGCUAUUAAAAUGGAUCAUUUCAACGUUGGCGGUAACUUAUAAAAACUGAGAAGGGCUGAACAAAAAUGGCACGGAAAAGGAAACCAUGUACUGCAGAUUACAAGCUGGACGUAGUGAAAUAUGCAGGAGAAAACGACAAGAGGAAGCGCCGCAUACCUUUGGAGUUUGCAGAGUUGUUUAGAAGCGACAUCGAGGAAGAAGAUUUCAUGGGAUUUAUCGAUUAGGAGUGACAGAUUGUUUGGUAAACGUAUAGCUUGUUCAAUAUGUUAUAGCAGUGGUUCUUAACCUUGUUGGAGGUAGCGAACCCCACCUGUUUCAUACGUGCAUCCACCGAACCCUUUUUUUUUGUGAAAAAAGUAUAUAUAUAUUUUUUAAAUUCAAGACAACAUUAUGUUUUUUUUACUGGUGCACAAAAUGAACCGUGCAUGAACAUCACCUUCUUCAAAGAACAAAACCGACACAGUGCAUGAGCUCACAACUAAUUACACACCUGCAAAUCAGAUGUAAAAUUAGAGGGAACAUUCUUUUGGGGUAUCCAUAAUAACGCUGAUAGGGAGAAGUUUUUAUUUACACGAUGAGUCAGGUGUGUCUUGACCUCUGCGGUGGAGGGUCUGAGGCCGACUCACCGAACCCCUAUGGUUCGAUCGAACCCAGGUUAAGAACCACUGUUAUAGUUAUUUGAAUGACUCUUACCAUAAAUAUGUUACGUUAACAUACCAGAAACCUUCUCAGUUGGUUAUUUAUGCGUCAUAUAACAUACACUUAUUCAGCCUGUUGUUCACUAUUCUUUAUUUCUUUUAAAUUGCCUUUCAAAUGUCUAUUCCUGGUGUUGGAUUUUAUCAAAUACAUUUCCCCCCCCAAAAUUUGACUUAUACUCCAGUGCGACGUAUAUGUUUUUUUCCUUCUUUAUUAUGCAUUUUCGGCAGGUGCGACUUAUACUCCGUAGCGACUUAUACUCCGAAAAACACGGUAGUUAAACAUUCUGAGGGGAAAAUUAGUGCGGUUUCAAAAACACCAAAAAGAACACAGUAAAUUUAGACGUAUUUUUCCUUCUUUAUUAUGCAUUUUCGACCGGUAGCAACGUAUACUCCGGAGCGUCUUAUAAUCCAAAAAAUACAGUACUUAGAUGACACACACUAACAGUGGUUCGUGGGUAAGCUAUCGUGCCAUAGGUUUUGACUUUUGGAUUAUUUUGAGGAUUCCUAUUUAUUUCUGUAACGGAAAUGGUGACCCUCCUCUUUCAAUUGUGCCAAAGCAGGGGAAGCGUACCAAACUUUACACCAGCCAAACGUGCCAGGUUUUUAGGGACCGGCGCGAUAUGAUUGGCCUAGCGUGAGUACACCCUUGAUCUAAUGAGGGACGUCAGUGCCUGAGAUCAUCUUGUAACACAAAGACUUUUCAGGACCCAUCGGGGCGUGGCCACCCCAGCCCGGCCUUCGUUGCUCAGACCUCUCCAGUCUGCUGGCGUCACCUCUGAGCUGCCUUACAUGUUAAUCACCACCGCCUCGUUUGCAUUAUUUUGCAAUUUCAUUCUUCACCUCAAUUGAGCUACUCUGGAGGGGGGAUGCAUUGACAGUCUGUCACAAUAGCCCCAAUCACCGAGACCUUUGUGAAGGAAUGUAACGUUGCGGAGUCCUCCCACAGUACUCGUAGCACUGAAAAUACUACCCCACUCAAAAUGUCUCAUCAACUUGGUUUUGAUUUUCUUACUAAUGUAUUAUUAUUAUUAAUACGUGUUAUUUUGCCAUCACCCUGUGGUGUAUCAAGGCGGUGGAAAGGUCUGUUUAAUUUAUUAUUUUUUUUGUUCCUUUUUUUGAGCUAAAAAAAACUGGACAUGACAACUUCACUGAGUUUUAGCAGACACACUGCGUCAUAUGCAAUUUAAAGUAGAUCAAGUUUUCUCGACUCUGGUAAAAAACACAAACAACAAUCAGCUGCCACCAUGCCUUACAGUACAGCUGUUAGCAGGCAGUGCCCAUGCUUUAAGGAAAACCCAACUCCUGUCAUGUCCGCUGCUGGCCAAGGCAUUUCUCUCUUGCAUGUAUGCAGCUCUGUUUGUGCGAGAGAGAGAGAGAGUGUGUGUGUGUCAGGAGCCAUGUGGAAGCCCAUCUGAGCAUAAAGUAGCUCAUACUAUGCACACUCUAAAAGAGCAGGAGGAAAGCAACACCUCAACAACAACCUCUACUCUCUGGUUCCAUUUCACCCUGCCCUCAUGCAAGUCAACACACAAACACCUCAGCAACAAUCUUUUGGACAACUUGUCCUCUCAGUGGACUGUGGCAAGCCAUGAUGUUUGUUUGGGGCACCCGGCGACACGACACGUCUCCUUUUUAUGUUUCAGUGCGAAGUGGGCGUUUUGUUUUUUUCUGUUUAGGUUUAACAAAUGAUUCAUCUAAAAAUAGCAAGCAGAUGUGUACUAAGCCAUAGGUUGUCAAACUUGUGUAAAUACGACAGUGGUACCUCGGUUUUCGUUAGGCUGAAUUGAUUAAAAAUUUUUCUUUGAGAAAUAACGUAAACGAGAUGAAUCCAUUCCAGACACUAAGGACAUUUAAUGGAGAUUAAUUCUGGUUUUCCUUGCAGAAACCAAUAUGAAAUGCUUAUAAAUAAUUAAUAAAAAGUUAGAGCCACUUUCCCACUUUGCUACGAGUACUUUCUUGAAAUAUUUAUCAAAGUGCUGGCACUCGCAACUUUCUUUGGCCCCAUAACAGAUUAUUUUGCGUUCAUACGCCACAAAAAAAAGUACAUAAACUGACUCAUUAAAGCGUGGGAUUCUUUGAUUGGGUACUAAUUUGUUACGGCAAAAAAACAGGGAAAACUUUUGCAUUGAAAAUGAAAUUGUACGAAAACUGAGGUGCCACUGUUUAUCUAAUAUAUAUAUAUAUAUAUAUAUAUAUAUAUAUAUAUAUAUAUAUAUACUGUAUAAAUAUAUGUAUAUAUGCUUCAAAGAACCAGCAUCCUUUGCAGUGAACAUUUGGGUUUUGCAUUUAUGCCAAAAUGUGUAAAUCUUGACAAAACCUGUCUUUCCUCGUCACAUCACCUUUCAAAGAUUGCAGCUUCACUAUAUCGCAGAUUCAUUUCAGAAUCAGAAAUAAUUUAUUAAUCUUCGAGGGGAAAUUAAAAUUUAGUGGGGUUUUUUUUUUUCAGAAUCAGAAAUACUUUAUUAAUCCCGAAGGGUAAAUUAAAAUUUAGUGUCUUUUUUAAAUAAGUGAAUAAUUUUCAAGCAUAAAGAUGUCUGAAUGAACUAAAAUAUUAAUACCACAGUAGUAGUGGCCACCAAACCAAUCAAAGUGCGCUGUUCAGCAUCGUGGCCACUGAUUUGGCUCAGCCUCAGAGAGCAUUACUCCAUUGGAUUAAAGGAGUAGGAAGGUGACUUAAAGGUGUUAUUGCUCAUAACAUUGAAAACUAUAUUUACACACAUACAACGUUUGGUGUGUGAAUGUUGCAUAAUCUUUUAUUUUAUUUCAUGUGGGAUCUGAGCCGAAGAUGUGGCUUGUGCAGCCCUUUGAGACACUUGUGAUUUGGGGCUAUAUAACUAAACAUUGAUUGAUUUAUGUAAAAUACACCAUGGGCAUAUGUAAAAUACACAAUGGAUGGUAUACAUGUGUUUAUUUACAAACCUAAAUGAAGGAAGAAGUAUAAAGACAUUCAACUAAGAAAGGAAAAUUUAAAAAAAACUAUUUUUUUUUCCCUAACUAGUCUCAUAAGCUGGAAACAUGUAGCAAGGGCAGAUUAAUACAUUUAUUGCAGUGCAGUGUGAAAGCUGAUGUUUACUUUGCAAAUAAGUAAACACAGUCUCAAAAGAAUACAACUUCCGGAGGCACUUUCUGACGAAACAUCAUUUCGAUGUUCCGGCCCCUGAGCCCUUGGGCUCUUGAAACUGCAGCCCUUUUCUAUAUGUAGUUAAAUAGACUUGAUCUUGCCGAUACCCAAUGGGCGGUGAUAAACGAGGGUCUAUUGUAGAGCAAAAAUAAAAGUCCACUGCCAAGGACGCUGGUUCUGAAGUCUAUUCAUAUAUGUACAAUUGUUCUUGUUUUUUGUUGUGGUAUUUUCUACAGACACAUUGUUAGCCUUAAGGGACCAAGAUGCAGGAUUGUGUCUUUUUUUAAUGUACAAAUGCAAAUGUCUUCAGAAUCAUUUCAAGUAAUCACUGAAGGUCAUCGUUAAGUAUGUGCUAGGGGUGUCCCGAUACAACUUUGUUUACUUGCGAUACCAUUCUAUUGCAGCCUUGACUACUGGCCUGUAUUAGCCAGAAUUAUACAUAAUUUUCGAGUUAUUUUGUAUGUGGGAUGUUAGAAAAAGUUGGAUCAACUGAAAUGUUGCGGUCACGUGGACUCUGCAUGCUGGAUCUAAGUGCUUAAGUGGAGUCUAGAAUGGACUAUUUAGUCUUACUCUUCUGAGUCUCAUUUGCAAGUAUGCGUCCAUUUCAGUUUGUCCUAGGCGUGUAACCAUAGUCAGAAAGUAGCCUUUGCCCUGAAGUUGAAUGUGCCAGUCUUAUCUUUUAAGCCCUACAAAGUGUGUAUACUGUAAGUAUCGUACAUAUUACACACCAGCUGUUUGAUGGUAAUGUGCAUCUUUGAUGUUAUUUUCAUUACCAGAUUCAGAGGUGUUGGAAUUGCCAUGUAAAUUGCUAAUUAGUAGCACCUUUUAUAGCAAAUUCAAUGUGAAUUAGCAUCGUGCUAGCACAUUUGAUUUAACGUAUUUCUUUUAUGUUAAAAAGUCGAAGAGAAUAAUUGAAAUAAUUUGACAUACUUUUUUUCUGUAUGUCCACUUCUAUGGUGUCUUGAAACAAAUACACUAAAAAGGCUCUCAAAUUGUGACAGCCUGCUAAUAAGCUAGCAAGAAGAGACAUUAGCUGCAGCAAAACAGACUUCUUGUAUCGGACGUUUACAUAUUUUUUUGUUGAUAUCAAACUCAUAACGUUGAAUCGGGACACCUCUAGUAUCUGCAAAAGAGUCUUGAUAACUUUUUAUUCACAUCAGACUAGGGUUGCAAAAGGGUGGAAAGUUUCCGGUAAAUUUCCGGAAAUUUACCACGGGAAGUUAAGCUCGGGAAGUUUGGAAAUAUUGGCCAUUUUUCGAUUAUUCAAAGUUGGACACUGUCCAUGGGAAUAUAUGGGAAUUAAUGGGGAAUUACAUCCAUCCAUCAUCUACCGCUUAUCCGAGGUCGGGUCGCGGGGGCAACAGCCUAAGCAGGGAAACCCAGACUUCCCUCUCCCCAGCCACUUCGUCUAGCUCUUCCCGGGGGAUCCCAAGGCGUUCCCAGGCCAGCCGGGAGACAUAGUCUUCCCAACCUGUCCUGGGUCUUCCCCGUGGCCUCCUACCGGUUGGACGUGCCCUAAACACCUCCCUAGGGAGGCGUUCGGGUGGCAUCCUGACCAGAUGCCCGAACCACCUCAUCUGGCUCCUCUCGAUGUGAAGGAGCAGCGGCUUUACUUUGAGAACCCUCCCGGAUGGCAGAGCUUCUCACCCUAUCUCUAAGGGAGAGCCCCGCCACACGGCGGAGGAAACUCAUUUCGGCCGCUUGUACCCGUGAUCUUAUCCUUUCGGUCAUGACCCAAAGCUCAUGACCAUAGGUGAGGAUGGGAACGUAGAUCGACCGGUAAAUUGAGAGCUUUGCCUUCCGGCUCAGCUCCUUCUUCACCACGACGGAUCGGUACAACGUCCGCAUUACUGAAGACGCCGCACCGAUCUGCCUGUCGAUCUCACGAUCCACUCUUCCCUCACUCGUGAACAAGACUCCUAGGUACUUGAACUCCUCCACUUGGGGCAGGGUCUCCUCCCCAACCCGGAGAUGGCAUUCCACCCUUUUCCGGGCGAGAACCAUGGACUCGGACUUGGAGGUGCUGAUUCUCAUUCCGGUCGCUUCACACUCUGCUGCGAACCGAUCCAGUGAGAGCUGAAGAUCCCGGUCAGAUGAAGCCAUCAGGACCACAUCAUCUGCAAAAAGCAGAGACUUAAUCUCGCGGUCACCAAACCGGAACCCCUCAACGCCUUGACUGCGCCUAGAAAUUAUGUCCAUAAAAGUUAUGAACAGAAUGGGUGACAAAGGACAGCCUUGGCGGAGUCCAACCCUCACUGGAAAUGUGUCCGACUUACUGCCGGCAAUGCGGACCAAGCUCUGGCACUGAUCAUACAGGAAGCGGACCGCCACAAUAAGACAGUCCGAUACCCCAUACUCUCUGAGCACUCCCCACAGGACUUCCCGAGGGACACGGUCGAAUGCCUUCUCCAAGUCCAAGUCCCAUUAUUCCCAUUAAUUCCUGUUAAUACCCAUAUAUUCCCAUUAAUUCCCAUGGAAAGUUUCCAACUUUGAAUAUUCCCGCAAUUUUGCAAUCCUACGUGUUCGGAAUUGUUACAAUACUCCAAGUCAAAUGUACACACUUGUGUGCGUCAAGAUAAGACCAAUGCAGUAUUACACAACAACCCUUAAAUAUGAAGCUUUUUACCAGCCGGGCUUGAGUUUUAAUUCCAGGUUUAAACAAGAUGAUUUUUGCAAGUGUGUGUAUAUACUACCAAAAACACAUGUAGCACCUGCUUUGACGAUUCUUAGCUGUGUCUUCUGUUGCCAAUACCAAUUAUUAUUACUAUAAGUGUAUAUCUAAAGAUAUGUUCACUUUAUGCAUCAAAACGUCUUUUAGGGGAGACCAAACAUCGAAGCUCAUGUAGUUUUACUACAAUCAAAAUGGAAAUCCUGCUUUGUCUUAAGUUUGUUUCUUGAAUAUUAAUGUGCUGCUUAUGUCGAAUUGACUUUCCUGCUCGUGAAGGUGAAAGUUGCCAUUGGUUGUAAAUAUCCUCACUUAUUCUGUUCCCGGCUCCCAAUGCAAAUGGAGCACAUUUACUCACAACGGAACCGACUGAAGCCUCAGGGGACCUUAGGUUGUAAACUCAUGGUGCCAAUCCCGCCAGAUCUCGUGUUUUUAAUUUUCAUUUCUUCAAAACCUACACAGAAAACGUAGAAAUCAGUUCACCUUUGUAGUAAACUUUUUUUAGUUUUACAUACCUACACUCAAAAGCAAGCCUGGGCAAUUAUUUUGACUCGGGGAGGGGGCAUAUUUAGAGAAAAAAAUGUGUCUGGGGGCCGGUAUAUCCAUUUUUAGGAACACUAAUACAAAACCUAACAAUAGUCAAUCAAUCAAUCAAUGUUUACUUAUAUAGCCCUAAAUCACUAGUGUCUCAAAUAGUGAUUGAUUGAAUGGUAACAAAUUUGACAGACCGCCUUAAAAAUGUAAUGUAAUUGAAAAUUUUCUAUGAACGAUAAAACACUGAAUAUUGACAAAAUAUGAAUGUAACACCCUGUUUCGAUCGACAUAUUUUACAAUAAAGUGAAAUGCAACAAAAAUGUAACGCAGUGUAAUAUGAAAGCGACGGUUACAAAACAGACCCACCUACAAUCUGAUAUAUCACUAAGGUUUAGAACUUUGUUGUGAAAAUCUCCUUCCGCGUCUGUGGAAACGCUUCCCACCCACACUGCUUGGUGCCUCGUCCGAGCUGCUGUGACUUCGAUUACCAUAGUAACUAAUUAGAUUACCAUAGUAACUGGUAUAUCAUCCAGAAGCGCAGAUUCCAACCAUUGAAAUACUUUGUAUAGUUCAAGCCUUACGGUCAUUAGAAAAAGUCUCUGCACAUCCUAACGGCAGCUACAUUUUUCCAUCUUAAAGAUCUAAAAAAAAUUAUUUGGGAAUGUCCGGCGGGCAUUCCCAAAUAAUUGCUCCUCAGAAGGAUUCAACCCCCCCAAUUACCUUCAAUAGUUAUGGUCAGGUUAGGAAAGAUGUGGUCCUUUUGAAAUAUUAGACAGCGGUACCUCAGUUUUUGUUAAUUGUUCCAAAAAGGUGUGAAAACAUUGGUACAGAAAUCAAAGUAGUUUUCCUAUGAGAUGGUACAGUAAUUUCUGGACUACAGAGCGCACCUAAAGAAAAGCUCCACCAACUUAAUUUCUGGUCGAAUUUUAGUUUGUACAGAUAUUAGCCAUAGGUGACAUUGAAAUAUUUACAAAGGCGCUUGUGUUCAUUCAAAAAUUGAACAAAAGACUGUAAAAGUCAUUGAGCGCUUUCCUCUUCCUCUUGCGAUCCGAAAGCGCUGUCGUCGUCUUGUCUUUGAGAUGAAAAUACUCCGUUUCUCUGACACUUUUACUUUCGAGGCAAAUUUGCCGUUUUUUCUAAACACUUAAUGUUUCAGAAUCCUUUGGUGAGCGUGGAUUUCUGCUUCGUGCAAAAGUCAACUUUGAUAGCGAGGUCAAUCGUCUUUAGUUGUGUCUUGGCCAUGGUGAGAGUGGGUUCAUAAUGAGCUAAAUGGCUGACUGAAUGAUUGUGUGAGCGCUUCUGAUUUAUUGCGAACAACUUCAUUAGUCUGAUGUGAGGAUGCUGAAUUUAUUGCCGGCAUGUGGAGCUUGUGAACCCGGAAAAAUCCAUAAAUUAGCUGCAGCGUUGUAUAUAGUGCAGUGAAGCGUGGGGGAGAAACUUUUAGUUUAUAGUCCGGAGAUUACAGUAAUGUCAAUCUUGCCACAUAAUAUUUGGCCGUACAAUAAGCGUAAAACUGGGUCAAGUCUUUGGUCGUUGUACCGUACAAAAACUGAGGUACUGCUGCACUUACCUUAAAAGAUUGUAAAAUAAUAUACACUGAUUUUAACAUGCAAUAUCUUGGUUUUUAAAGUGAGCAGAAAUAACAUUGUUGCUGUUUUCAACCGGUUACUGAGUUAGAUAUCAAGUGAAACUGACUAUGGAUGAUCAGUCCAAACCUUGGACAAAGUCAACAUGUAUGAAGUAAAAUAAGCUAAUCUUUUCUGUUGGUCUCCCAAACACUAACAUCUUUCUCUGGGAUUUUAACAACGCAAACUGGACCACACCUCAGAAAAUUUAAGUUCCUGGAACUAAAAGUUCUGGUAGAAGUGUGUAGUUUGUUUCCUUCAAGUUUCACAGUUCAGGGCAGUUAAUGCAUAUCAGGCUGACUUAUGGAUGAGUGGGACAGUAUGUUUCUACACUGAUACCAUGUAAAUAUAAAAUACUAGGUCCGAAUUCUUUUAAAGUGCGAGUAAAUAAAAUGCAGAGCAUUAAUAUACAAAACGAUAUGAUAUAAAAACAAACUACCACAUUUUACAGAAAGAGCGAGCUAGGCUUUUGUCCGCAGUGUCCAACAGACAGGAAGUCGUCCUGUCGUUAAAUGAUUAAUUCAUGAGAGUCAAAUUGAGCUGUAAAUAACAAUACUUUAGUAUGACAUUUUGGUGCGUAUGUCACAGACACAAACAACACAUUUAGCGUUAGCCUGUUAGCAUUCGCAUUUGGUUCACUCGGGUUGAGGUUGAUAACUACACAAAUGGCUUUCACCGACUACUUUUACAGCAUGUAUCAAAGUCAAAAGUUAGUAUUUGAUGUUAUUCACCUUGGUUCCACUCAUUUAUUGCCUCCUCCUGUUUCACAUUCAUCCUCAAAAAACGAAGUCUCAGGGUCCCCAGAGCAGCUCACGUCACCUCUUCGAAUCUGACUGAAUACUGAAUAUUCCUCUGUAAAUACGUUUGAGUACUUCCGCUUCUCGUAGCUUUGAGUAUCAAACUUAAGUUUGUUAGAAUGCAUUGACGGCAAUAAAUUAGUUUGAUCACAAACACCACAGGUGAGUAAAAACAUCGUUCUUCUGCACACAGACGCCACACAAAAGUUCCUGCUACUGAAAAGUUCCUUGCGAUCUCUCCGUUGUCUCGCAUAAUCUAAUGGCGGCUGAAAUUUCGAAUACAAAGUUUUAGGAAUGCCCCAACUGUGUUCGACCAAUCAGCGCCCCUUUUGCAGAAACUCUCUAAAGUACCACCUCGCUACCAGGACGGUUCCUGUGAAACUUUAUUUACUUGGGUAGUUUUUGGUGUAAAAGCAGGGGGUAUUUCAAUGGGAAAGAGCCUCAUUCUUGUCUUCGAAGAAGUCACCAGCAGCCUUGUACUUACUUGUUUUUUCCCCCAAACCCCAAGGUGACUUAAGUGUACAAAGGCUACUUUUAGCUUGUGGUCGUUGUCUUACGCAUCAAGGUGUCUGUCCUUGAGUCUUUGUUGCCUUUCUGUCUCUUCUUCAUUCUUUUGUUUUCUGGUUAUUCUCGUGGCUAGACGCGUCAUGGCAGCGUGGAAGUCUGCUCAGGUUUGAUUGCGACCAACACAUUUUCGACCUCAGGUACGCCUGAAACAAAUGUUCGGAAGUCCCAGUAAACACAGAGGAACCUGCAUAACUCGACAACUGUUCUGUUGUCCAACUCAUCAAGUCCUGGUUCAUCAUGUUCUUACCGUUACUAGGACUCUUAAGUCAACUUGGACAGCUUUUGGUAACUUGAAAUGUGAGCGUUAAAUGGGUCAUUUCUGUGAUAAAUAGCCCAGUUGUGUAAAUAACCUUCUUGCGAACGCCGUGCUACAUCCAAAGGGUUUGAGCCAGUGUAGCAUAGACUAAUCCAGGUUUCACAAAACUGAACUGUAAACUAGAUCUGAAACAAAAUGUGAACCCACAGAGCCGUGCGUGUUGGUCUUGGUUUCGCACAUUUCCACGUUCAUGUCACUCUUAAAACAUCUUAGGGAUGUAACGAUUAACGGUGUUAACGACAAACCACUGUAAAAAUCUACGGUUAAUACGGCAUCCCUCAUUUAUCGCGGUCAAUUGGUUUCAGGCCUGAUUGUGAUGGACUAAUUUGACAAAACUGAACUGGAAAUUAGAUCUGAAACAAUGUGAACCCUGCAUGUUGGUCUUGGUUUCGCACAUUUCCACAUUACUCUUAAAACAUCUUAGGGAUGUAACGAUUAACGGUGUUAACGACCAACCACUGUAAAACUCUACGGCUAGUACAGCAUCCCUCGUUUAUCGUGGUCAAUUGGUUUCAGGCCUGAUUGUGAUAGACUAAUUUCACAAAACUGAACUGGAAAUUCGUUCUGAAACAAUGUGAACCCGCAGAGACGUGUGUGUUGGUCUUGGUUUCGCACAUUUCCACGUUACUCUUGAAACAUCUUAGGGACGUACCGAUUAACGGUGUUAACGACAAACCGCUGUAAAACUCUACGGUUAGUACAGCAUCCCUCGUUUAUCGCGGUCAAUUGGUUUCAGGCCUGAUUGUGAUGGACUAAUUUGACAAAACUGAACUGGAAAUUAGAUCUGAAACAAUGUGAACCCGCAGAGACGUGCGUGUUGGUCUUGGUUUCGCACAUUUCCACGUUACUCUUGAAACAUCUUAGGGACGUACCGAUUAACGGUGUUAACGACAAACAACUGUAAAACUCUACGGUUAGUACAGCAUCCCUCGUUUAUCGCGGUCAAUUGGUUUCAGGCCUGAUCCUGAUGGACUAAUUUGACAAAACUGAACUGGAAAUUAGAUCUGAAACAAUGUGAACCCGCAGAGCCGUGGGUGUUGGUCUUGGUUACGCACGUUCAUGUCACUCUUAAAACAACUUAGGGAUGUAACGAUUAACGGUGUUAACGACAAACCGCUGUAAAACUCUACGGUUAGUACACCAUCCCUAAUUUAUCGCGGUCAAUUGGUUUCAGGCUUGACUGUGGUGGACUAAUUUCUUCAAAGUAGAAUUAUCAUGGUUUCACAGAGCAUACAACACUUAACGACCAUCUAAAAACUUUUUUUAAAGCAUACAGUUGGGAAGGGAUUCUUAUGGCCCCAUUCUUGGGUGGAUCUCGUGUGACAGAAAGGUUAUAAUUUUGCAAUGCAGGUUGCGGAAAAUAAUGGAAUGCGCCGCUCUACUUAACUAUGUGGCCAAAGUUGAAAUUACCUCUACACUCUACUGCCCUCUGGCGGCUAAAGAAGAUAGUGCGCCACCCCCAAUUUGGGGCCGAAUGGGGCCAUAUGAAUCCCCUUGCUACUGUAAUCAAAGCCCUCUAAAGAGGAAAUGACACCCAUAUGGUCAUCUUGACACUGGCUUUACCCCAUGCCUAGCGUGUUCUACUGUAGAUUACAGUACUCACUGGUACCCCGGAGGAUUUUUCAAGCGUCAUUGCUUUGGUUGUCCCCCGGCCACUACAACACGACCUUCAUCACAUCUUGAGUUUGAACUUCUACGUUCUAAUAACCACGGCCGUAAGUUUCUAUUCCAAAAGUUAGUCCACUUGGCAGUCGCAGCUAUAAACAUUAGCUGUAUUGCUAGCUUUGUCUCCGGUGUUGUCAGUGGACAUCGUUCAAGUCAAAGCUUUGUAGUUGAUAUUGAAGAUAGAAUUAAUCCACUUUCCCCCCGACAGCUGUUGACAACUGAUAACAGACAUGUUGAAUGAAGCGCUGCUGAAUCCCGUUGUUGUCUUUUGACAUUGCUCACGUCAAAGUCUCACCAAUGUGGAGAUGUGUUAUUGACGAGUUAAAGAUGAAGUUGUUCUUCCAAAAGUUGGCCAACUUUAUUGUUGUGGCGAAGAAAGGCCCAAGAUUAGCCGUUGUUUUGUUGCUAGCCUUGUUCACCAUGAACCCAGAAACGGAAGUCCAGCUUAGUGAAAAUCUCAAUAGAUGGCCAUAAAAAUUGAAAAUAAUACAAAUACUGCACUGUAGUACAUCUGACAAAGUAAGACUUAAUUUCGGUCAAAAAUGUGGAGAAUACACUUGGGGGGGAAAAUACGAUAUUUGAAUUGCAACAUAGCUAGACAUGAUUGAUAACCACACUCCGACAGCUCUAGUCUUAGAUUGGUAAGCUCCAGUCUUAGAUGGGUCAGAUCUAGUCUUGGAUUUGUCAGCUCUAGUCUUAGAUUGGUCAGAUCUAGUCUUGGAUUGGUCAGCUCUAGUCUUAGACUUAGAUUGGUCAGCUUCAGUCUUAGAUUGGUCAGAUCUAUGCUUGGAUUGGUCAGCUCUAGUCUUACACUUAAAUUGGUCAGCUCCAGUCUUAGAUUGGUCAGAUCUAUGCUUGGAUUGGUCAGCUCUAGUCUUAGACUUAGAUUGGUCAGCUCCAGUCUUAGAUUGUUCAGAUCUAGUCUUGGAUUGGUCAGCUUUAGUCUUAGACUUAGAAAGUAAGUCUUAAUUUAGGUCGAGAAUGUGUAGAAUACACUUUGGGGGGGGGAUACAAUAUUUGAAGCGCAACAUAGCUAGAGAUGAUUGAUAACCAGACUCUGACACUCUGGCUUCCGGCCAUACUACCCUAAGUACGCUCGUUCUCGUCAGAUCUCAGAAGCUAGUGCUUGGAUGGGAGACUGCCCGGGAAUACCAGGGGCUGUAAGUUUUGGGACGGUAUAGCUCGGUUGGUAGAGUGGCCGAGCCAGCAACUUGAAGGUUCCAGUUUCGAUUCCCCGCUUCCGCAAUCCUAGUCACAGCCGUUGUGUCCUAGAGCAAGACACUUUACCCACCUGGGCCUCAGUGCCACCCACACUGGCUUAAAUGUAACUUAGAUAUUGGGUUUCACUAUGUAAAAGGGCUUUGAGUCACUAGAGAAAAGCGCUAUAUAAAUAUCAUUCACUUCACUGAUAAACCCACAGACUUGCCAUAUUGUUCAUCUACUGCAGAUGCAAGCUAGUGUGCUAAUCGCUAGCUAGCCUAAAUGCUAACAUGAAUAUAAGAGAUAAACGCCUUCCCCCCAUCAGGAACAUCAUAUCACAAUCUAAAUUUGUAUAAAGACAUAUUUCUUUGGCUAAGUAAGCUCAUCUAGAGUGAUUGAUUUAUACACGGAGGUGUGUACUACGUGAUGACAUAUCAACUAAAUGUGCCAUGUUUGUUUUUCCUUUAUCAUUAAAACAACUCUAGCCCUUUCCGAGCAAAUAACCGAGAUGUUACAUUUUUACGAUCGUUACAUCCUUAGUGCACUUUCAUUUUCUUUGCCGUGAAAAUGUGCGUACGCGGCCUUUCAUAAGAGACCCAAGUACCUUAGGCGUGGUGCUAAAAGCGCUUAAAUGGGUGAUGCCCCUGAGCUAGUCCUAAUUUGCAUGAUUGUGUACUAUCUCACGCCAUUCAAUCCAUCACAAGUGGACUGUUUGGUUGGUCUUAGAAGACCAUCCCAGUAGUUCAUGCUCAGAGACUUGGAUUGGUCAGAUCUAGUCUUAGACUUGGAUUGGUCAGAUCUAGUCUUAGACUUAGAUUGGUCAGAUCGAGUCUUAGAUUUAAAUUUGGUCAGAUCUAGUCUUAGACUUGGAUUAGUCAGAUCGAGUCUUAGACUUGGAUUGGUCAGAUCUAGUCUUAGACAUUGAUUGGUCGGAUCUAGUCUUAGACUUACAUUGGUCAGAUCGAGUCUUAGAUUUAAAUUUGGUCAUAUCUAGUCUUAGACUUGGAUUGGUCAGAUCUAGUCUUAGACUUGGAUUGGGCAGAUCUAGUCUUAGACUUGGAUUGGGCAGAUCUAGCCUUAGAUUGGUUAGAUCUAGUCAUAGACUUAGUUUGGUCAGAUAUUGUCGUCAAGUUAGUUUGAUCAGAUCUACUCUUAGACUUGGAUUAGUCAGAUCUACUCUUAGACUGUCAGAUGUAGUCUUAGACUUAGAUUGGUCAGAUCUAGUCGUAGACUGGUCAGAUCUAGUUGUAGACUGGUCAGAUCUACUCUUAGACUUAGUUUGGUCACAUCUACUCCUAGACUUAGAUUGGUCAGAUCUACUCUUAGACUUAGUUUGUAGUCUUAGACUUAAAUUGGUCAGAUCUAGUUGUAGACUGGUCAGAUCUACUCUUGGACUUAGUUUGGUCAAAUUUAGUCUUAGACUUGGAUUGGUCAAAUCUAGUCAUAGAUUGGUCAGAUCUAGUCUUAGACUUAGUUUGGUCAGAUAUAGUUGUAGACUUAAGUUUGGUCAGCUCUACUCUUAGACUUAGAUAUUCAGAUCUACUCUUAGACUAAGAUUGGUCAGAGCUACUCUUAGACUUAGAUUAGUCAGAUCUUCUCUUAGACAGGUCAGGUGUAGUCUUAGACUUAGAUUGGUCAGAGCUACUCUUAGACUGGUCAGAUCUAGUCAUAGCCUUAGUUUGGUCAGAUCUACUCUUAGACUUAGAUUGGUCCGAUCUCGAACAAUCUAAGUCUGUGAGCAUGAAGUGAUGAAGCCUACUGGGAUGAGAGGCGAUAGCGUCUUCUAAGACGAACCAAACAGUCCAGUUGGGAUCCACUGAAGGCCCUGAGAUGACAAAGAUUUGAUGGGUGACAACAUUCAUACUGUAGACCUUGUGUGCAAGAUGGCGAUGGGAAAGGUUAAAGGACACCGCAGACUAUUCCAGAAACCUUUAGCGCGGCAGUUUAGACUCAGCACUGAACGUAUCGAACCCUUUCCCAAAGGUCGAAGCAGAAACUGGUGACAGGUGCAAAUAUCCGCAAGGCAGGCGAUCUUCUAAUUAUGCAAGACCGUUAACAGUAUCCGCAGGCGACCAUCAAUUGGUGUCGAUGCUGACGUGAUCCACACUGUGACAAACACGUCGCAGUGAAGCUCAACUCUUUAUUCUUGUCGAUUUGGUGCCUCAGUACCAACUCUUUUGACUCGUCCGAGACGGUCAUGUUUCAUCUGUUUCACAAAUGUCAUCUUUAAAACUUCUAGAAAAUACCUCCAUGUGGUUUUACCUCACUGUAAAUAUUGUCUUUGUCUAAUUUGUUUGAUUUUUUUUUUUUAUGAAAUGUUUAAAAAGUUGGAAGUUUUCGUCUUCGGUGGUCCCAAAACCCUCCCCGCCCCCUUUUUGUCCAACGGCUUUGUGUUGUUAAUGUGGCGUCCAAACCAGCGAGUCCUCUUUGCCAUCUGUCUUGUGUAUUCUAUGAGGUGUUUACUGGAGCUGUACAGUCUGAAGUGCUUUACUAAAACAUGUCAAGACCCUCUCUGAGCUCUGCUACACAUGCCUUCUUCCAUACGCUCUUUGUCUUAAAAACACACACAAAAAGAUUAAAAAAAAAAAAAGAGGUCAAAGUGGUGUUUGAGGAGACGACAUGAUUUCUAAACAUAUAUUUAUCUUGACUUUUUUUAUAUACAGGUAGUGCGUACAGAUGAAUGAGAGAUCAUAGGAAGUAGACGACUGAAACGUUAACUUUUCACAUAGCUGGAGUAGAAAAUGGUGUGAUUAAAGAAUGUUUGGCUACAA